GGAAACCUUUGAUGCAAUGAAAAUUGUUUCUUAUAAAAAGACUAACGGGUCUGCUAUGAAAAUGGGUCUUUCAAAUAGUACUUCAAAGAAAUAAGACUUUGAUGUAUCUUUUAACCCAAUCUAGAGUAUUGGCUGGUUUUUCAGAUAAUUGAAAAAUAAUUGUGUAUUGGAUUGAGAAAGCAGCAAUGAAUCAGCAGUCUAGAGAGAGAAAAGAAAAUCCCCGAGUAGAAUUUUCUUCAUUGAUUAAACAUUCUCAAGGUAUAGUGGUGAGUACACUUCUUGUUAACAAGUUUCUAGUUGGCAACCUUCACAAUUGUCUUCAAACAUUGUGCAAAGAAGGGUCUAUUAGAUUAUUCUCUCUCUCAGCUCUGUAUAUACUCUCAAUGCAGGAGAUGUAACAUUCAUUGUUUUCCAUCAAAUCCAAUACCAGAUCUCUAGUAUAAUACUUACUAGAGAAUAUUGUAUCCUAGGUAAGAAAUUGUUUUUAUGAAUAUUAUUUAUAAAAUGUUUAUGGUGGUUAAUGUUUAGUUGGUAUAUUUUUGGAUGAACAUAUCUAUUUAAAUUGACAAUAAAAAAGUAAAAUUAAAUUCUGACUAAAAGCAUCUAUUUAUUCCUUAAAUGAAAAUUAAUAAUAAAUUUUUUUGUUUGGAAAAUUUUAUAUUUGUCUUUUUAAGGCUUAUUAUGGCGGAUGAGUAUAUAUCAAUUUAUGAUAUUGGUGAAACCCAAGAUGACAAAAAUGUUCAGUAUAAAAAUCAGAACGAAGAAAUUCCACUUUCACUCCCUUCUAAUUUUAAACCAGAGAUUGUCUCAAAGAUUAAUAGUCAAUCUGAAUUUAAGAAAGACAACUCUGGUUCUCCAUUCAAGCCAACCUGGGUGUAUGGUUUCAACAAAAAUGUUCCAGUUCUUAACUUUUUCUCUGAGAAAAGGUCUGAGAUUAUUUUUUCCUCUGGUAUAUAUCUUGUAAUAUAUGACACAAGACAGAAACAGCAAAAGGUACUCGAGAAUCAUCAAGGAAACAUUAGCUGUAUAUCCCAGAGUUUAUGUGGAAAUCUUUGUGUAUCCGGGAGUAAGGGAGAACUUUCCCAUUCAAUCAUUGUUUGGAAUAUACUAGGAGAAUGUAUGGUUCAACUGAUUCUAAACCCCCAUGGAUUAAAUGGAUUACAAGAAGGAUUGCAAGGGGUUGAUCAAAUAAAAUUCACUUCAAAUUCCCAGUAUGUGAUAAGUAUUGGAGGAGUGUUUUUACAUCAGUCUGUGUGUAUCUGGGAUUGGAAAAAUGAACCUGACUGCCCAGUGUCCUGUGUUUCUUUACCAUCAGGGAAGGUUUACACCUGUCUUAAUACUCAUCCACUGCAGCAAAGUAGAUUUCUAGUUUCCAGCAAAACCACUUGUAUAUUUUUUACAUUUGAUGAAACAAGAGGAGAACUUUUACAGCACAAUCCAGGAUCUGUUGAAAAAGAAUUUGGAAAAUCUUCUGGUCAUCUUGUACAAACUUUGUUUAUAAGGCAAGAUUAGUAAUGAAUACUUUUUUAAGAGCUAAUUAACCAUUAAGUGUAAAAAUCAUACAGUAAAAAAAAUGUAAUGAUAUGUUUUAAACAGGGAUAGAAACGAGGUGCUAGGAGGAACUAAUCGAGGCAACUUGGUAACAUGGGUUGCAUCCAAACCAAAUAGUGCAAAUACAG